GACAGUAAGGAGAACAGGGAGGCACAGUCGGAUCCAAUCACAGGACGUUCGAACGAACAGGAGACAGAGGAUGGAGAGGAUAUGCACAACAGUGCCCCCCGUAGGAGAGGAGGCUGGCGGAGAGAGAGAGAUUUCUUUGAUGACACAGUGAGUGUUCGCAGCGAGGGCAGCAAUGUCCGCGGAGGCCCCAGGGGCAGGGGCAAAGGUCGCGGCCGAGGCAGAGGUCGUGGACGAGGUCGUUAUGACUACUCCCACAGUUACCGGGACUCGUACCUGGAUGGGUCCACAGUUUCAGCCGAGUUUGGCACUAACAUGGUCUAUUACUAUGAUGAUGGUAAUCGCGUGCAGAUGUAUACGAUUGAGGAGAGUUUACUUAAAGAAUACAUCAAACGCCAAAUUGAAUACUACUUCAGUCUCCCAAACCUGGAGCGUGACUUCUUCCUGCGGAGGAAGAUGGAUUCAAAAGGCUUUUUGCCCAUCUCUCUGAUUGCCAGUUUCCAUAGAGUCCAGGCCCUUACCACCGAUAUCAGCCUCAUUAAGGAGGCGGUGAAGAACAGUGAAGUCGUGGAGCUUGUUGAUGAGCAGAUCCGUAGGAAAGAGGAGCCCGAACAUUGGCCUAUUCCGGGUCCCCCUCUGGACUCCCCACGCACAGAUUUUUCCCAGCUCAUUCACUGCCCCGAGUUCGUCCCAGGACAGACGUUCACCUCCCUCAGCACAGUGUCGUCCUCCCCAGUCAGUCAGCACAUAGUUGAACCUGCUCUGGUAAAUGGCCAAACUAGUGAUGACACAGACACAGCCAAACCUCAGUCCAAAGAAUCCUCUCCUUCAGACUCAAAAAGCAGCUCUAGUGAAGAUGGGAAUACGACCAAAGAGAAGUCCAGCAGUCUCUCUGAUACAGACGCCCAGCCGUGGAUACAGGUGGAGAAACGCCACAGAAACUCCUCUGGAAAAAAUAAGGAGCACACAGAAUUUGUUCAGUCCAGCCCAAAGCAGCAGCCUGAGGCAGACCAGGAGGAGCUGGACUUCCUGUUUGAUGAAGAAAUGGAACGACUCGCAGCGCCUCGCAAGAACACUUUCACUGAUUGGUCAGAUGAUGAUUCUGAUGAUGAACUUGACGACCAAGACGUAAACAAGAUCCUGAUUGUUACUCAGACCCCCCCUCACCUGCGGAAACAUCCUGGGGGCGAUCGGACGGGGAACCAUGUGUCACGUGCCAAACUUACAGCUGACCUUGCCAAAGCCAUUAACGAUGGAUUGUUCUACUAUGAACAGGAUCUUUGGACAAAGGAAGAAGGGCAGCAAGAGUGUGCCAAUGCCAAGGAUUUGGAAAAUUUCAAAAAGCUCAACAUGAUCAGCCAAGAUGAGUUUGAAACUCUGACCCCUAAACUUCCCAUUGACCCCAUCCAGGAGGUCCCGCCCCCUCCACCAUGUCAGACAGAUGAUUCUAGCAUGGCUCAUUCUCUCCCCACGGAUGUCCCAGAAUCCUCCAGUGUGCCUCGCACCCCACGUACACCACGGACCCCUGGAAGACAGGACCCCACCAAAACCCCACGCUUCUACCCUGUCAUCAAAGACAGCGGCAACCUUGACGGAAAAACCCCCAGAAAGAGGAAAACCCGUCACAGCUCUAACCCCCCUCAGGAGUGCCAUGUAGGCUGGGUGAUGGACUCACGAGAGCACAGACCCCGCACUUCCUCCAUCAGCAGCUCGAAUGCAUCUCCAUCAGAAGGAGCUCCCGCGCUGUCAGGCAGUUACGGCUGCACCCCGCAGUCCCUGCCUAAGUUCUGGCAUCCAUCCCAUGAGCUUCUGAGAGAAAACGGCUUCACCCAGCAAGUUUACCACAAAUAUCGCCGACGAUGCCUCAAUGAGAGGAAGCGAUUAGGUGUGGGUCAGUCUCAGGAGAUGAACACGCUCUUCAGAUUCUGGUCCUUCUUCCUCCGAGACAACUUCAACAGAAAGAUGUAUGAGGAGUUCAAGCAGUGUGCCCUAGAGGAUGCCAAAGAGAACUACAGGUACGGGCUGGAGUGUCUGUUCCGGUUCUACAGUUAUGGACUAGAGCGGCGGUUCAGACAAGACAUCUUCAAGGACUUCCAGGAGGAGACCAUCCAGGACUAUGAGAAAGGUCAACUAUAUGGGCUGGAGAAAUUCUGGGCUUUCCGGAAAUACGCAAGGGUGAAGAAUCAGCCCAUUGACCCCAAACUCCAGGAAUACCUCAGCAAAUUCAAGAGCAUUGAUGAUUUCAGAGUAGAUCCACCAAUGGCAGAGGAAGGAGUAAGGAGGAAAGCACACUCGUCCUCCGCAGGAGACGAGGUGAAACGUAGGCGACACAACUCGACAUCAUCAUCGAAACAGACCCCAGUUGCCAAGACGUCUUCAGACAAUCAACCAACCGCUGGAGUGAUGGCAAAAACAACCACAACAGAUCAAGCCGCUGCCCCAACGACAGGGAAAUCCACCAAUCAACCAUCAGCCAAGCCAGUCACAGCCAAUCAGAAAGCAGCACCUCUGACCGCCAAAAGCAGCAUGGCUAAUGACCCGUCUACAAAAGCCCCACCCAAAGAGAAUGUGAAGAAGAAUACCUCAUCAGAUGCUCGUAAAGGAGAGGCGGCGACGAGCAAAAACAAAGAUGCCCAACAGCCAAAGAAAUGAAGCCCUUGCUACACUAUAUACAGUAUUUGAGCGUGAUUCUAACUCUAGAGCUGUGAAAAGAUUUUCAGUGCUGGUGCAGGCUUACGUUUUACACCGUAACCUCGGAAGUGAGCCAGUCAAACCAACUGUCAGACCGUUGCGUUCACAAACUGAAGAGUAAACCAGAAAUAUAUUUGUGUUGUACAAGGUGCUUUUUCUGGACAGGUUAACUUCCAUAAGAUCUUUUAGUUUUUUUCUUUCUUUAGUUUUUUUUCCCGGCAGUUAGUAGUUUCAGAAUCAAGUACGCAUGGUGAACUUGUUUUGCUGUAAAGUUUACAGAAGAUGCAUUCCUACAUCGAAUGCAGUUUUAUCUCUUUUAAAAUUAGUUUUACCUUUGCAAAUGCCUUACAUUUCAAAAGCGACAAAAAAAUAUAUAUAUAUUUUACAGCUCUGUCAGCAUAAAUAAUUAAUCUCUUGGUUUUUAAGUGUUUUUAAUUUUGUGAGAAAUGCACAGUACACAUUUAGUUCAUUUAUUUUAAAAAUUUUAAAAAAAGCUCAUCAAACUAAAAAAAACUUGAACUGAGGGUGACACAAGAUAACACACUAUAUAGCUUAUUGCAUUUUUUGCUCUUUUAGCUUGUGUAGGAAAUAUGACAGUGAUGGAAUACUAAGUUCUUUAUGCUUUUGUGAUUAGCUGAGUGGCUGAGCUGAAUAUCGGAGAAGUACGUAGAUAUCAGUGGCGAGGGAUUGUAAAAAGUGUUAACAUCAUCAGGAACUACAGGAUGCUCCUGCUUUUAAACAAAUAUUGUGCCGUUCACAUUGCGGAGGUGGUGAUCUCAAAGAUGCCACAUCUCCAGUUUAGGUGCAGAGUAGAGGAGAAAACAUCUUUGACCUUUUGAUCAUUUUGACUUAAACUGGUAAACAUCUGUGUACUUGAAGUUUCUAAGAAAUGUUAUCUUUUUGAGAGGAAUUAUUCUUCCUUUUCAAUUUUGAAUCCUAUUGGAGUUGAGUUUGAGAUAAUUUAUUGUUUUACUCUCUUUUGAAAGCUUAAUUGAUUAUAAUCUUUUUUUUUAUUGAUAUUACUGAGAGAGUGUAGAUGACUGCAAACAUGGUGGCCCAGAGAAUACUUUUAUUUGCAUUAUAUUUUUAUUUCGAGGUUUGGAUCUUUGCUGAUAACAUUAAAUCAGUGUUUUAUUUCUCACUUAUGAUCAUUAAUCAGACACCGAAUUGAUGUCCCGAUUGUAUCAUAUUUGCUUAUGAAAACUGUACAUAAAAAAAAAAUAGUAGAAGCAGCUCUCUAAUUUCAAUCAAUUCAUUUUUAUUGAUU